AUUUGAACGCUUCCUGGUUUAACACGUUGUAAUAGUUAUAUUACAUACUGUACUGUACCUCACCAGGAGGCUAAGUAGCCUAUUAUACCGUGUUAAAAAUAGCACCAAAUCGGACACCGAAUAGGAACCCAACCCAGGCGCUUUGUUCCCCCCCUGUCCUCCACUUUGGACAGAACGCCCCGAGCGCACUUUUAAUGAUGUGUAACUGACGCGCGGUCAUCAACGGACAUUCUUCCUGAUGUCACUUCUCAACAUGCGGACCACCUGUUUUAUGGCCGUGAUCUUGUGGCUCACAACUGGUUCAACUCGUUGUCAAACACCAAUUCCCAAUGUUCACGGAGGGUUAGGUGCAGUUCUGGGGGUGUCCAAUGCCAGCGUCCUCCUGCAAGACCCCAGCUCUGAGACACUCUACCUGGGAGCCAGAGGCUCCAUCCUGGCCCUGCACACCUCCAACCUCACCUGGAAACACCCAUCAAUUAAGUGGGAGGCAACAGAAGAGGAGAGGAAGUCCUGUAUGGGUAAAGGCAAGAGAGUGGAUGACUGUUAUAACUACAUCUGUCUGCUGGAGGUUCUGAAGGAUGGAAGGAUCUACGUCUGUGGCUCCUACGCCUACAAUCCCCAGUGUGCUUUCAUAGACCCAGUGACGUUUGUCCUAGUGAAGGAAGGUGGUGACAAAGUGAAGAUGGAGAAUGGGAAGGGGAAAUGUCCUUAUGAUCCCAGACAACCUCACACUGCUGUUACUGCAGAUGGAGUGCUGUACACCGCCUCCCCUUCUAACUUCCUGGGCACGAUGUUUGACAUCACCAAGGCAACAGGUCAAGAGGUGCACGUGCAUCAGUCCAUCAACUGGCUCAGUGAUCCAGAGUUUGUGAGUUCGGCCCUGGUCAGGGAGAGUCCUGGAGAUGAUGAUAAAAUCUACUUCUUCUUCAUGGAGAACGCCUUAGAGUACGACCUUUACACCAAGGUCAGGGUCACACGGUUGGCCAGAGUCUGCAAGGGAGACGUGGGGGGCUCUAAGACCCUGCAGAAGCGCUGGACCAGUUUCCUGAAGGCUCAGCUGGUGUGUCAGGACCGGGACAGUGGCCAGCACUACACCGUCCUGACCCACGCCUACCCCCUGGAACACCGCCUGGGAGACCCCAGCAGCACACACUUCUACACCCUCUUCACCUCCCAGGGGAAAGGAGAGCGCGUGUCAGCAGUGUGUGUGUACAGCCUGGCUGACAUCACCAAGGUGUUUGCGACGGGAGGCUUCAGAGAUAUGAAGAGGAACUGUGUGAACAGUGGGAACUCUGAGUCUGUACCCGACCCCCGACCUGGACAGUGUAUCAACGAUGUCCUGAGAGCCCAGGGUUACAACUCCUCCUUCAACAUGCCCGACCGCGUGCUGCAGUUUGCCAAGGAACAUCCUCUGUUGACGAACACUGUGGACGCAGCGCCCCUUCUGGUGAGGAGGGGAACCACAUACACCAGGAUCACAGCCACCAACAUCUCCAACAGUGAUGCUGCCCUACUACAUCUGGGAACAGAUCAGGGGGAGUUACACAGUGUGUCUAUCGUUGGUCGUACUGCUACUCUGCUGCAGGAGAUCCCUCUGACAACCUCAGUAGAGCCCGUCAACAACAUCCUCACACACCAGGGCCAUGUGGUGGUGGGCUCCCCCUCCUCUCUGUCCCGUGUGCCAGUAGAGGGGUGCAGGGUGUACUCCAGCUGUCAGGUGUGUGCCCGGGCAGCAGGACUAGGUUGUGUGUGGGACGUCAACACGAGAGCCUGUGUUGCGGACUCUCCAGUGCAGAGGGAGUCAGAGGACCCUUUGAAGGUGUGUGGCACUGGAGAGGGUCUUUGUUCCCCUGUGGUGAAGGAGCUGCGUGUGAAGACGGGCCUGGUGGUCCUCCUCCCCUGUGACCACCCCCAUCUCUCCCCUCUCCCCUGCGUCUGGGAGCACCCCCAGGGCCGCCACACCCUGAAGCACCACUCCCACCUGGAGGUCACCGUCUCCGGAUCCAGCCUGGGCCUCUACUCCUGCCACUGCCUAGUCCAGAGUGAUUAUUCCUGGGGUAGUGCACCCUGCCUCACAGCCUCCUACCACCUCACCAUGGAGGACCUCAGUGUCGAAGGCAGGGUGGUAUGGGUGUACAUCUCCUGUGUCCUGCUGGGGGUGCUGGUUGGAGCUUUAGGAGCCACUGUGUUCCUGAAGAGGCUGUGCUGGAGAGCAGCCCAGCACACUCCAUUAGAGGACAGAAAUGGGAGAGGAGCCAAUCAAGGACAGCAGGGGCGGGGCCCCACCUGCUAUGAGAAUCAGCUGGUGAUGGGGUGACACGUCGGUCGGCCAAUCGGGAAAGGCCGUUUUGUGAAGAGAUGUCCAGAAUUUACUUAAUUGAAGGGAGUGUUUUGCUAGGUACCACUUAGAGACUACUGUCUCUGAGGCUUUCUUUCUUUCUGUGUCUCUUUCUGUCUCUCCUCUGUGUCUCUUUCUCUGUGUCUCUCUCUGUGUCUCUCUGUCUCUGUGUCUCUCUCUGUGUCUCUUUCUCUGUGUCUCUCUCUGUGUCUCUCUGUCUCUGUGUCACUCUCUCUGAGGCUUUCUGUGUCUCUUUGUCUCUCUCUCUGUUUCUCUUUCUCUGUGUCUCUCUCUGUCUCUUUCUCUGUGUCUCUCUGUCUCUGUGUCGCUCUUUCUGUCUCUCUCUGUCUCUGUGUCUCUCUCUGUGUCUCUGUCUCUCUCUGUGUCUCUCUGUCUCUCUCCGUGUCUCUGUCCCUCUCUCUGUGUCUCUCUGCUUCUCUGUGUCGCUCUCUCUGUCUCUCUCAGUGUCUCUGUCCCUCCCUCUGUCUCUCUCUGUGUCUCUCUCUCUCUGUGUCUCUCUCUGUGUCUCUGUCUCUCUCUCUGUGUCUCUCUGUGUGUCUCUCUCUCUGUCUCUCUCUGUCUUUCUCUGUGUCUCUGUCUCUCUCUCUCUGUCUCUCUCUGUGUCUCUCUGCUUCUCUGUAACCAGGUUUCCAUCCAACCAUUUUAUGUGAGUAAAACAUGUCACGACAGGCCUGAUGGAAACAGCACAUUUUUGGGUAAACUUUCAAUAUGUCGACAAAACAAAAUACGCUUGACAAGGUGGGAUGGUUUUGUGGCGGUAAAGUGAAUUAUGUGAGAAAGGGCGGUGGAAACACCACCUUUAUAGGCAGAUAUUGAUAUGAUAACCAUCAUAUCGUUGCGAUGACAUGUUGUGUGGUCCUCACACUACUACUCAGGCAAGCAGGAAGUUUAUUAGCCUACAGAUGAAAUAAGUUAUGAUGAACUUCACAGGGAGGUGAUGAGCUUGAUGCUCCUUUCCAAUAAAUAUCUAGGGUCCUAUUCUGGUGACAUUAUGAUCAAUGCUUGGCUGCCAUUUGACAAAUAAAACAAAUCUUACUCUUAUCAAUAAUAUUGUCAUGUAGACAAGCCUACCCCACUGUAUCUGCCAGCUGCUGGCUACAGCGUACAUACAAGGACCAGAGUGGGCACAUGUGCUAUUUAUCGCAACACAGUUGAAAAUAUUUAUCGCAACACAGUUGAAAAUGCGAUGGAAGCCCGUCAUCACCCACUGUCAUCACCAACUGUCAUCACCCACUGUGAUCACCAACUGUCAUCACCCACUGUCAUCACCCACGGUCAUCACCCACUGUCAUCACCCACUGACAUCACCCACUGUCAUCACCCACUGUCAUCACCCACUGUCAUCACCCACUGUCAUCACCAACUGUCAUCACCCACUGUCAUCACCCACUGACAUCACCCACUGUUUCCAAGUCAGUUUGGGGGAAACACGGCACUGGUAUUUUCCAAAAUUCACAUGAAAAUCUGUCGCCAGUUGGAUUGAAACCAAGCUAGUGACAUCACAGGGUAGGAUUAAAAGUGAAAAAGAGAGUGAUUUCCAAACCUGCAACCAGUUUCUAGCCAGCGGGAGGGUAUAUACCUGCUCCCCACGUCACCACAAAUCCCAGUGUUUGAUGAAAAUCACUGUUUUUAAAAUGUUUUUGCUUUUAAUGUCAUUGGCUAGAACGUUAUAUAUUUUUAGGCAAAACGUAAAAAUGCGGCGUUUUCAUAUGUUUAGACUCGGGCAUUGUGCUGGAGAUAAUGAGGAUGACAACAUGUUUAGACUCUGGCAUUGUGCUGGAGAUAAUGAGGAUGACAACAUGUUUAGACUCUGGCAUUGUGCUGGAGAUAAUGAGGAUGACAACAUGUUUAGACACUGGCAUUGUGCUGGAGAUAAUGAGGAUGACAACAUGUUUAGACACUGGCAUUGUGCUGGAGAUAAUGAGGAUGACAACAUGUUUAGACACUGGCAUUGUGCUGGAGAUAAUGAGGAUGACAACAUGUUUAGACACUGGCAUUGUGCUGGAGAUAAUGAGGAUGACAACAUGUUUAGACUCUGGCAUUGUGCUGGAGAUAAUGAGGAUGACAACAUGUUUAGACUCUGGCAUUGUGCUGGAGAUAAUGAGGAUGACAACAUGUUUAGACUCUGGCAUUGUGCUGGAGAUAAUGAACAUGAGGAUGACAACAUGUUUAGACUCUGGCAUUGUGCUGGAGAUAAUGAACAUGAGGAUGACAACAUGUUUAGACUCUGGCAUUGUGCUGGAGAUAAUGAACAUGAGGAUGACAACAUGUUUAGACUGGCAUUGUGCUGGAGAUAAUGAACAUGAGGAUGGCAACAUGUUUAGACUCUGGCAUUGUGCUGGAGAUAAUGAACAUGAGGAUGACAACAUGUUUAGACUCUGGCAUUGUGCUGGAGAUAAUGAACAUGAGGAUGACAACAUGUUUAGACUCUGGCAUUGUGCUGGAGAUAAUGAACAUGAGGAUGACAACAUCUUUAGACUCUGGCAUUGUGCUGGAGAUAAUGAACAUGAGGAUGACAACAUGUUUAGACUCUGGCAUUGUGCUGGAGAUAAUGAACAUGAGGAUGACAAGUGGUGGGAUUUCCCUUUAACUUGUCCUUUGUUCAUGUACAUUUGACUUGCUUUUUAUUAACAUGAUUUUGCAUAUUUUUGUGGGGAAAUGUAGUUUUGUAAUAUUUGAGAAUGUUUUGUAGUUGUUGUUAUCCAUUGUUUGCUAUUUCUGAACAAAGUGUAUUUCAGUAAAUAUUCCCCCAGUACUAA